CCAACCCCUAUGAAAAUUCUGGUAGCACCGCGUAUUGCUAGGAAUUCUUCAUAAAACCAGGAAAAAUACGGUCCUGUCCAGUGGAUCACCAUUUUACAUUUUUUAUUGACAAAUCGUUUUAAAACUUUUGUGAUAUAUCAAAGCUUACCCCUAUGAAGAAAGAGAACGAUUCCUCCACGGAUGAAGAAUCAGUCGAGAAUAACCUGAACAUAUACACACUGCAAAAUAUAGAGAACUACGCGCUCAAAGAAUAUCCUACGCUGCCACUUUACGAGUACCCAGAACCUAAUCUAGAUACGCUUUCGCCAAUAUGCUAUAGCACAGUGCAAAAACCGGAAUUAAAGCUAGAGUUGUACCAUGAAGAGACCCUUUUCUAUAUUUUUUACACGUAUACAGAGACAUCGGCACAGAUCAAGGCGUAUAAUUUACUCAUAGCCAAGGGAUAUUCGUUCUCCACGAUCUAUAAGUGCUUCAUGCUUUACACGGGAAAGAAGAUAGUCGAUAACGCGAAUAGAAAAAUUGUCAUUUUUGAUCCUUUUUAUUGGAAGAAAAUAGAAAAGAAUGUAGUCUUUGAUAAGAAUUUUGUUGAUUCCAUCAAGGGAAUAGUUGAGUUCAAAUGAUUUAGAUGCAAAUACACUCCUGG